CCAAGACUAGACUAUAUCACAAAAACGAAUGCCAAAAUGAACACUGUGCAGUUAGGCUUGUUUUAACAUUUGUUCUGAGCCAACUUCCCUAAGAAGCUUUCGUACCACUCCCAGUCCCACCCAGUCUUUUGUCAUCAUGUACGUACAUAAUCUACUCUGUGAGCUCAUGGCUCCGUUUGAAACACGGAACUAGACAUGAAUGGGUAUUGGAUAGGGUAUGUCGUGAUCAGUAAAGCGCAAAUGUCUACAGUCACCCAAGACAUGGACAGGUGACAGUCCUUGGUUAGUUUAGGCGUUGGGAGUGUAAUCUGUCCAUUUAUUUUUAAAGUCUGCCUGUCGGUUUCUAUCGGGACUAAUCAUGUUGUCAUUCGGGAAAAUGCGUAAACGCAUCGAGCCGGUGGUUUUAUGUGCCCAAAUAGCCAGCGCGUUUUUCGACACCGGUUUGCAGAUGGUGGUCAAGGAGAGAUGCGCCAACAUGACCGACGCGCUCUCUCCCACCCCCACCGAAGACAGCCGGCAGAAAGCUAUGUCCAACUUCUACAUGAUAUAUAAUAUGCUGGCUAAAUUCGUACCGAUCCUACCCGCUAUUCUUUUAGCCAAGGUAGGUGACCUGGGGUACCGGAAGAUCCCCAUCGUGAUCCCUCUGGUGGGUUACCUGGUCUCCAGAGUGGUCCUGCUCCUGGUCAUAGUGAUGGAUCUCCCGAUACAGGCUAUGUUCGGCGGGGUGGUGGUCCACGGACUCAGCGGCGGGUUCUGCUCCUACUGGGCCGGGGUCAUGGCCCUGGUGUCGCUCACCUCCACCGAGGAGGACCGCUCUCUCCACAUGAUGCAUAUCGAACUGGUCUACGGAGUAGCCGGUCUCAUCGGUAGUCUAGCGUCCGGGCACCUCUUCCAGUUGUACAGUGUGGAUUUUAAACAGGGGACUCUGUUAGUGAGCCUGAGUGUUUUCCUCUACUUUUUGUGUCUUAUCUACACAACCUUCUUCUUUCUAAUGCCAAGUUUCUCGACAAGCGCGCACGAGCGCAACGAGACCAAUGGCUUCUUCACUGAGCGAAAUUCCAGGAAUAUAUUGAACAUUCUGCUUCUCUUCGCGAGCGGUAUUUUAUAUGACGUGGCCGUCGGAGGUGGGAUGGAGAUACUGGUGACCUUUGAAAUGAAGGAGCCCCUGAACUGGAGUGCUACACAGGUAGGUUACGGUAACGCCGCCGGGUUCGUGGUCUUCCUGACGAGCUUCCUGGGUGUCAUGGUAAUGUCCAGAUGGGUGAGUGACGUCACCCUCAUCAUCAUCGGCAUGGUGUCCUUCGCUGCCGGCAUCUACUUCAUGGCCUUCGUCACGGCAACGUACAUGUUCUAUCUGGCUCGAGCCCUGACCCUGUUCGCUCUGAUUCCCAUGCCAACCAUCCGGGCUCUGCUGUCUAAACAAGUGAACGGCUCAUCGUACGGGAUCACCCUCAUCUCACUGCAGCUGUCCUUUAAGAUCGCCAGCCUGGCCUACACUCCCAUCUACACCAAGGUGUACCAGGCUACGCUGGACUGGUUCCCCGGGUUCGUCUUCACCCUGUCCAGCAUUAUCACCGUCCUGGCCACCAUACCUGUCAGCACGGUGGGCUGCAGAUCUGGCCGGGCUGACGGUUACGAGAGGAUCCUGGGGAACUGACGGCGGCGACGACGUGAUUGUGACGGCUAUGAGAUUGAGCCACGUUAAUGUCCUUGGUACCGCCAUCACAGGCCCUCCUCGCCGUCUCUGUGACACUGGAGCCGACGUCAGCAGCACUUAGCAUGAAUGCAAUCGCUGCAAAAAACGCGUCUCUUGAAUGAAUCCCAGGCCUGAGCCCAAUCAACAUGUCCAACAGGGCUGAUACAAGGGCUGAUACAGGGCUGAUACAGGGGCUGAUACAGGGGCUGAUACAGGGCUGAUACAGGGCUGAUACAGGGGCUGAUACAGGGCUGAUACAGGGCUGAUACAGGGGCUGAUACAGGGCUGAUACAGGGGCUGAUACAGGGCGGAUACAGGGGCUGAUACAGGGCUGAUACAGGGCGGAUACAGGGGCUGAUACAGGGGCUGAUACAGGGCUGAUACAGGGCUGAUACAGGGCUGAUACAGGGCUGAUACAGGGGCUGAUACAGGGGCUGAUACAGGGCGGAUACAGGGCGGAUACAGGGCUGAUACAGGGGCUGAUACAGGGCUGAUACAGGGCUGAUACAGGGCUGAUACAGGGCGGAUACAGGGCUGAUACAGGGCUGAUACAGGGCUGAUACAGGGCGGAUACAGGGGCUGAUACAGGGGCUGAUACAGGGCUGAUACAGGGCUGAUACAGGGGCUGAUACAGGGGCUGAUACAGGGCUGAUACAGGGCUGAUACAGGGCUGAUACAGGGCUGAUAAAGGGCGGAUACAGGGGCUGAUACAGGGCUGAUACAGGGCUGAUACAGGGCUGAUACAGGGGCUGAUACAGGGCUGAUACAGGGCUGAUACAGGGCGGAUACAGGGCUGAUACAGGGCGGAUACAGGGGCUGAUACAGGGCUGAUACAGGGCUGAUACAGGGCUGAUACAGGGCUGAUACAGGGGCUGAUACAGGGCUGAUACAGGGGCUGAUACAGGGCUGAUACAGGGGCUGAUACAGGGGCUGAUACAGGGCUGAUACAGGGCUGAUACAGGGGCUGAUACAGGGCUGAUACAGGGGCUGAUACAGGGCUGAUACAGGGGCUGAUACAGGGGCUGAUACAGGGCUGAUACAGGGCUGAUACAGGGCUGAUACAGGGCGGAUACAGGGGCUGAUACAGGGCUGAUACAGGGGCUGAUACAGGGCUGAUACAGGGCUGAUACAGGGCGGAUACAGGGCGGAUACAGGGGCUGAUACAGGGCGGAUACAGGGGCUGAUACAGGGCUCUAUUGAAAACACUGACAUUCUCUAGAGCCCUCACAUUCUGGACCUCCAAGCCAGUUCGAUGUUCCCGUCACUGUGAAAGAACUGCGGUGAAACAGAGCUGAAUUAACUUGAAAUACUUUACUGUCACUUUUUAAUACAUUCUCUUUUUUGCAUUUGAACUAUUGUGUUCUUUAUUGUGUAUCAAAAGCAUUUGAGUGAACAGAUUAAAUGCUUUUCUUUAUUGGUCCAA